GUUCGAUCUGGUGGUAUUUCCCCCACUUAUCUUCUUAUCUUAACUACUAUAUAUUUAGAUUCCACUGACUUUGCGUUGAUAUUGGUUGAUAUCUUUUGAACAAUUUAGCAGACUUCAGUUUAUUAUUUUUCCACGGAAAGAACGUAUUUUUGGCAAAGAGCCACGUCGAUUCGGGUAAAAGAAAGAUUUGUCGUUUUGUGCUAAACGAAUCUCAUGGCACAUUAUAAACCGCCACGUACGCAAAGGAAGAUGUGAGCAAUGUAGACGAUCGUGUAUUACGUCAGUUUAUAAAUCACAACGUGACACAAUAUGCUGAAAAUGUCAUUCGAGGGGAAAUAUAAUGUAAAAAGUCCAGCUGUCAAAAGAUUGAUGCGAGAAGCUCAAGAACUUCAUGAAGCAACGGAAGAGUAUUGCGCAUAUCCCUUAGAUGAUAAUCUUUUUGAAUGGCAUUUUACCAUACAAGGACCUCCUUCUACUGAUUUUGAAGGAGGCGUUUACCAUGGAAGAAUUUUAUUACCACCUGAAUAUCCUAUGAAACCUCCAAAUAUUAUUUUGUUAACACCAAAUGGUCGCUUUAAGAUUAAUAAAAAGAUUUGUCUAAGCAUUUCCGAUUAUCAUCCUGAAACUUGGCAGCCAUCAUGGAGUAUUAGAACAGCCUUGCUAGCAUUAAUUGCUUUUAUGCCUACACCUGGCAAUGGAACCAUUGGAUCUUUAGAUUACAGUAUUGAGGAAAGACAAAAGCUAGUUAAAAAAUCAUUGGAUUGGCAAUGUGAGAAUUGUGGGAAAGUGGUGAAUUUGUUAUCCAAAAAUACAGCAAAGAAACCUAUUACAGAAGAGGAACAAAAUAUGUUAGAUACAAUAGCUCUAAAAGUUGACGAUACACCCACACCUGAAACAAGUUUUGCAGAGAACACGGACAAUGUUAGUGGAAGUGAAUUGAGACGUCGUACGGAAACAACUUUCAGUGAAACGCAAGAAGCUCAAUCAUCUGUGCAUUUAAAUCCUCAAAUAGAAACAAUGUCCUCUUCGAAUGACCUAUUUUGGAGUAUUUUAAUAGCAAUUUUAGCAUCAGCGAUUGUUCUACUUGCUUUGCGACGAUUCUUUCUUGUGUAAAUUACUUUGCUAUAUAUAAAACACGUAUUACAAUUGUAAGUAUGUUAACAAAACAAAGGUAAAUUUUAUACACAUUUGAUGAAUAGCAUUUUUAAAUAUAUAAUGAAAAAUUUAUACACAUUUACACAUUAGUAUAUACACUUUAAAAAUCAAUACACACGUACACAUACAAACACAGAUCUAUAUUUGUUCUUAUUAAUUAAUAUUUAAAUUGUUGCUUAUUAUCCAAAUUACACAUUUGCUUGAAUCUUUAUAAUAAUUUGUAUUCAUGUUAUUAUUACUAUUAUUAUUAUCAUUAUCAUUAUUAUUAUCAUUAUCAUCAUCAUCAUCAUUAUUAUUAUUAUUAUUAUUAUCAUCAUUAGCAUUACCAUUAUCAAAAAUUGGCUGUUCUAUUUCUAGUCUUUCAAAUUUUAGCUUUCAUAUUCAAAAAAUGAAUACGAGAUGAAAAUAUACUUUCCAUGUAUUAAAUGCAUUCUCUGUUGAAAUGUUAUUUUCUGACGAAUAGUUCGUCAUUUAUACUUAACAUUUUAUUAAGAUAUUGAUGUGCAUAGUUCAUUAGAAUUAGAGAAUGUAGAUAUGAACAGCAUUUAAUUUGUUUGUACUUUCAAAAGGAUAUUGUGGAAUCCUGUAACAUUGGCUAAUGAUUGCAUUGAAUUGAACUUUGAAACAUUGUAUUCACCUAUUGGUGUAUAACACAUUAUAUUAAUAAACAAUCUGUAUAUGUGUGCACGCAUACAUAUGCAUACUUAUACUCAGAGUGAAAUAUAUAACUGAAAUCAUUCGAUAUUUUUUAUUGGGUUACUUACAGUUAUAUGUAUCACCUUACAUUUAUAAUACUGUAACUAUGUACUGUUAAUUUACAAACGAAAUGCUUCAUGAAGUUGUUGAUAAAAAAAAACAAAAAAAAAAAAAUAAAAAAGAAUAAAAAAAAAUAAAAAGUAAAAGAAUUGUACCAAAGUACAUAAAAUAUAAAGUUAAUGAUAACGAAGAUACAGAAGGUGAAUUAUAAAAUAUAUGAUGUAUUUCCUAUUAUCCUAUGUAUAUAUGAAAAGAUAGAAAAAUCAAAGGGAAGAUGUUAUUGCAUAAUUAACUAUUUGCGCACGAACAUAUUUGUUAAAUAUUUAACGAGUAUUUUAGUUGAGAAUAUUAAAUCUUCCUUCACGUGUAAUAUUUAAAUAUCACUAUGUUAGAAAAAGAUCAAUAGUUCAAGUACAUGACACUUAGGAUAUAUGAUAGAAAAUGCACCACAGAUAUAAUGCACACAUUAUGCUAACUGUAAUCAAUGUAACUUUUACUUUGACACAUUGUUUUGAUUUUUGAGCAAAUUAGAGCAAAUUAUUAAACAAAGAAGCGACACCCUUAGCCUCUCAAAAAAUAAAUAAAUUACAAAUA